UAACCAGUUGACACUCGACCAGCGCCUUGCACCACGUGCGUACUUGAUCCUCUUUCAUCUCCCGACUCUCUCCUCUAAUCUCCAUGGGAACGUCGUCACGCAUAGGGAAGUGAACGAGAGUUUGACAGUGAGCUAAUUUAGCAUGGCAGCAAAGGUUGUUCUGCCAAAGAGGGCCGACCCGACAGAGCUGAAAGCUGUCUUUGAAAAGUAUGCCAGCAUCAAGAAUAAUGAUGGCAGCUUCAUGUCGCCGGAGGACUUUGUGACCCAGUUCCUCUAUGCCCAUACAGACAUCAGGCUGUCAGAGGGGGCGACGACUCUGCUGGCCGGGGUGGUGGACCAGAAGAAAGAUGGGUUGAUCUCCUUCCAGGAGUUCCUGGCUUUCGAGUCUGUGCUGUGUGCCCCCGACGCCCUCUUCAUGGUGGCCUUCCUCUUGUUCGACAAAGCAGGAAUCGGGAUGACCACUUUUGAGGAUGUGAAGCAGGUCUUCAGUCAGACCACCAUCCACCAGCACAUCCCCUUCAAUUGGGACUGUGAGUUCAUGCGCCUGCACUUUGGCAGCAGGCACAGCAGGCACCUGACCUACGGGGAAUUCACCCAGUUCCUCCUGGAGAUGCAGCGGGAGCACGCGCGGCAGGCCUUCGUGCAGCGGGACGGCGGGCCGCAGCGGCGCCAUCUCCGCCCUGGACUUCAGGGACAUCAUGGUCACCAUCCGGCCGCACAUGCUCACCCCCCUUCGUGGAGAACUGCUGGUGGCGGUGGCAGGGGGCACCACGUCCACCAGGUGAGCUUCUCCUACUUCAACGGCUUCAAUUCACUGCUCAACAACAUGGAGCUGAUCAGGAAGGUCUACAGCACACUGGCCGGCCACCGCAAAAACCUGGAGGUCACCAAAGAGGAGUUUAUUGUGGCAGCUCAGAGGUUUGGUCAGGUGACACCGAUGGAGGUGGACAUCCUCUUCCAGCUAGCAGAUCUGUCUGAGCCCCGCGGGUAAGCCACAAGCAUACAACACAACCUCUACACACACAAACACGCACACACACACACACACACACACACACACACACACACACACACACACACACACACACACACACACACACACACACACACACACACACACACACACACACACACACACACACACACACACAUCAACA